GUGGCGAUAGAGAGCCCUUCGCCCCGCCUCCCUCUCCCCUCCUGCCAACGGUUGCUCAACCUCCGGCCAGGUUUCAUUUCAGCAGCGGUAGUUGGGCUCGUCGUUUCGCUGACACGAAACGACUUGUCCGCUCUCGCCCGGCUCGAGCUUCUUCGGACACAGGCGCGCUUUCCCCCGGUCCUCCCUCUCAAGUCCGGGAUGUCUUACCUGGCGAAGGCGAAUCCCGGCUGGCUUCUGCUGGACGACACCGUCCCGCUGACGGCGGUGAUCGAAGUCAGCCAGAACGUGCAGUCCCACACGGAGUACAUCAUCCGAGUGCAGAGGGGCGUGUCCUCGGAUAAAAGCUGGCAGGUUAUCCGGCGCUACAGUGACUUUGACGCUCUCAACAACAGCCUGAUGGUGAGCGGCGUCAGCCUCCCUCUGCCGCCCAAGAAGCUGAUCGGCAACAUGGAGCGCGAGUUCAUCGCCGAGAGGCAGCGUGGCCUGCAGGCCUACCUGGACGCCGUUACCCAGCAUCCUUUGCUGUGUUUCGCCCUGCCCGUCAAGAAGUUUUUGGACCCCAACAACUACGCUGUCAACUACACAGAGAUCGCCCUGCAGCAGGUCUCCAUGUUCUUCCGCUCAGACCCCAAGUGGGAGGUGGCGGAGCCCCUCCAAGACGUCGGCUGGAGGAUCAGGAAGAAAUACUUCCUGCUGAAAAACAAAGAACAAGCCAACGAGAGGUACCUGCUCAGCUGGGUGGACUUGGGCCCCGACAAGUUCCUGUCCGACAAAGACCUGCAGUCGACCAUGAAGCUCCUCACCAGCCUCUCUAGUCCGUACGUGUGCCCGCUUUUGUUCUCCAGCACCAGUGAGUCAUCUGCGCUUUUCAUCCGGCCUUUCGUCGAGGCGGGCUCGCUGCGAGACCACCUCUGUAAGGUGAAGCCCCAGGAGAACUUCCUGAAGAAGUACGGCAACCCCAAGAAGAGUCAACCUCUCGAACUGUCCCACAUCAAACUCUACGGACGACAAAUACUGGAGGGCCUCCGACUCCUCCACGACAGCGGCCUGUUUUUCGGCCACUUGCACGCGUCCAACGUGAUGCUGGAUCAGGGCCUGUGCCGCCUGACGGACGUGGAGAACGGCGUGCUGGGAGUUCCCGCGGCCCUACGACCCACCGUCACCCGCUUCAGGAAGAUUAACACGUCAGAAAGCGUGGACGUCUUCUGCUUCGGCCAUUUGCUUUACGAGCUGGCUUCUGGCCGCCCGCCCGCCAGCGUCCCCGUGGACUCCUAUCCCCAUGUCCCCUACACGUCCGUGGUGUCGGUGCUGCGGUCCAUCUUGUCCACAGAGGCCUGCAAGUCACGGAUGCCCACAGUGUCACAACUUAUUCAGACACCGCUGUUCAGCGACGUGGCGCUACAGCACUCCGAGAAACCGCCGCUCAAGGUGCCCAGCAGGCUGAAGGAAGCGCUGAGAGCGGCCAAGGAACGUGUGGAGAAAAGACUGCAGGAAGAGCAGAAAAUGCUGCACCAGCACAGGAGGCUGACCAGAGCGCAGUCUCAUCACGACUCCGAGGAGGAGAGGAAGAGGAGGAAGAUUCUGGCCAGGAAGAAGUGCAGGCAGUCCACGUGUGAGAACGAAGAUGACUCAGUUUCCGUCCGAAACAACAACAAUUCUGGCUCAGGCGCCAGUUCCCCUCCCACGUGCCCCUCGUCCCCCACGCCGCCACCCACCGCAGGUGGUCGUCCUCCUCCUCCUCCCACGCUGGACUCGUCGUCCUCAUCCUCGUCGGCUUCCAGCUCGUGCUCGUCGGCCGCCGCGCCCCCCGGCGCCCGCGCCGCCUUGCUGAGCUCCAUCCAGGGUUUCAGCAAAGGCCAACUGAAGAAGGCCCAGACCGUAGACCGCAGCCGGCCCGUCUUCUGACCCCCACCCCGCCCGCCGUCCUGCGACGCUCCCUCACAUGUGAAGACAAAUCCCGCACAAAACAAUCCAAACGUUGAAUUGACAUUCCUACUUUUAACUUCGGUUGUCGUGGAAAAACCGGAAUGCUGGAAAAACCGAAUGCUGACCUCGCGCGGCGAAGAUAACAUCCAGCUGCUUUCUUACGGAUUGUUCCGAAUCCAAACAUCUGUUGUUAUGGCGCCUUCCGCGUCCCCCAGCCUGGAACCGGAGCAUCGUCUCCCCUCUGACCGAAGACGCGUUAUCCACACCUUGUGUGUUUAAAAACGAUAUUUGGGGUUAAAUAACAAAAACCUAAAGAAAGAACUGGAAAUGACUUAAUGCAAGGAAGUUGGGGAAAGAAUUAAAAUGUUACAUUUUUAUAUUAAGAGUGUCUCUAUUUUAAAAAUUUGGGGGAAAAUGUCCAACAAAAGCAUCUAUCUCCAAUUAUUUUUUUUAACUUCCCAAAAUAAAAUAUAUUUUUUUUUCUCUCCA